AUGCCGAGCUCGAACGACUACGACGUGAGGCCAUUCCCCUCAUCGAAUGAAUUGGCUACGGCUGGGGAUGCGGCUCCUCAGGCGACAGACCAGCUGCCACGCGUAGAAGCCGCCAUGGAUCUUCCAGUUGUGGUUGAUUCAGAUGAUGAUGAUAUGGUCUCCCACGAACUAGAGCAAAUGAGGAGUAUAUUGGAAGAGGCAAUUUUGGAAACGCGCAGCAUGCCUCUCGAAAAUCGACCGCGACUUCCUCGCAUACCUCUAAGCAAGCGAAAUCGGGCUGUCGUGAGGGCUCUUAACCCAAUGCUGGUAACCUAUUUGGAAGCCAGCCGGGACCUUUGCGAGACGGACUCAGUUCUUUUUGGCGCCGCAGUGGCAGCUUGCCGUAUUAUUGGCGCCAGACUUCCCAUGGCUGGACGCGCUACUAAACAAAGUAGCGCCAUCCCAGCCUGGAGAAAAAGAAUUGAGGACCGUAUCGCAAAGGCAAGGGCCCUUAUCGGCAGACUGAUAAGCUUCAGGUCGGGUAAUAAUAGACCGAGGGUUGUGCGCACCGUUAGAAUGGCGUUUGCUGGGACAAAUAUCAGUUUGUCCCAGCCGGAUAUCACGCAGAAACUAACGGAGCGCAUAGACGACCUGAAGCAAAAGAUUGCUGCUUGGGGGAAGCGGAUUCGCCGAUUUACUGAGAGGUCAAGGCGGUUCAACCAGCAUCGUCUCUUCCAGAGUGAUCAGAAGAGGCUCUACAAAUCAUUGGAGCGACCAGAGGUAUGUGGAGCGGGCCCAGGACCGGACCAGGCUAACACUGUCGCAUUUUGGCGUGGCCUGUGGUCAGAGCCCGUAAACCACAGCGAGGGCCCUUGGACGGAAGUUGUGGCGAGUCAGUGUGCGAGGAUUACGCCCAUGGACCCCGUCAUCAUAACGCCGGAUGACGUAGCUGAGGCGGUCCGUAGAGCCCCGAACUGGAAAAGUCCGGGACUCGACGGACUCCAUCACUACUGGCUGAAGGGGGUUCAUGGUGUGUCACGCUGUGCUCGCCCGUCAGUUUCAAGAGGCUCUCAACCAGAAGUCGCUCCCUAG